AUGAAACCUUCUAAUAUUAAUCCUACAGUGGUAUCUGGUGAUAAACAAUAUAUUUCAAACCUAUUUCAUUCACUCGACAGCAAUAACGAUGGUAAAAUUACAAAGGAAGAAUUGAAAGAGGGUUUCUUGAAACUAAAGAUACCUGCCACCGAUCAAUCAAUCAAUGAUUUCCUUCAAGAAGUAGAUACCAAUCAUGAUGGUAAUGUUUCAAUAGAAGAAUUCUCAAAUUAUAUAAAUCAUAAUAUUGAAUCACUUCAAAAACUUUUCAAUGAGUUUGAUACCGAUCAUAAUGGAACAUUGGAUAUUCAAGAGAUAGAGAAAUCAAUUCACAAACUUGGAAUUAAAAUAUAUUCUGAACAAGAGUUGGUACGUCUAUUCAAUCGUAUCGAUACAAAUAAAGAUAAGAAAGUGGAUUUUGAUGAAUGGCGUGAAUUAUUAGUUUUAUUACCAACAACAAAAUUAUCAGCAGCUUUAGCGUUUUGGAAGGAUUCACAGAUUUUGGAUGGUGGUGAUGAUGGUGGAGGUUUCGCUCCACCACCACCUUCAUUCUCGACUAUUCCAGCACAAUCGUUAUCAGAGGCCACUCAAAUUGCUAUUAAAAACACAUUGUCGUUUAUGGGUGCCGGUGCUGCUGCCGGUGUUAUCUCGCGUACUGCCACUGCACCGAUUGAACGUGUCAAACUUACCUAUCAGCUGAAUCACGGUGCUCCUCGAUCGAUUGCUGAAACCUUUAGAAUUGUCUAUGCCGACGGUGGUUUCCGUGGUUUGUUCAGAGGUAACUUUGCCAACAUCCUCAAAGUCAGUCCAGAGUCGGCGGUCAAGUUUGCAUCGUUCGAGGCAGUCAAGCGUUUGUUUGCCGAGACCGAUGCAGAGUUGACCAGUGCCCAGCGUUUUAUCUCGGGUGCUUCGGCCGGUGUUGUUUCGCACACCACUCUCUUCCCAAUGGAGGUGGUUCGUACCAGACUCUCUGCGGAGCCAGUCGGUACCUACACUGGUAUUUUCGAUUGUUUCCGUCAGACCUACAGAACCGACGGCUUCCGUGCAUUCUAUCGUGGAUUGGGUGCAUCGAUUCUCUCGACCAUUCCUCACUCUGGUAUCAAUAUGCUCGUCUAUGAAACAUUGAAACACGAGAUCAUCAAGAGAUCGCCAGCGGAGAUUGCCACGCCUUCACAGCUGCUGUUGUGCGCAUCCAUCUCCAGUACUAUGGGACAGGUUGUAUCGUAUCCAAUCCACGUCAUUAAAACACGUCUGGUCACUGGAGGAACCGUUGCCAAUCCAGAACGUUAUUCCGGUUUGAUCGAUGGUCUACAGAAAACAGUGAAAAAAGAAGGUUUCCUUGGUCUCUACAGAGGUAUCAUUCCAAACUUCAUGAAGAGUAUUCCAAGUCAUGGUAUUACAUUUGUUACCUACGAGUUUUUGAAAACACAGUUCGGUAUAUCUAAAAAGGAGAAACAUGGUCAUUAA